GAGGAGUAGAUGAGUACAGAUUUCCUCAUUUAUCCAAAUGGAGAGAAGACAGAAAUGUACUGAACAGAAGGUCAUAGAGGGAGCAACGUACAGUUUCACUUUCUCAACUCAAUGAACAUCACUGUGAAUUACUGCAAACAUCACCAUGGCAACAGUGACAACAUGCAAGUUUAAAUGUAGAGUUCACUUAACGGCCUGUCUGGCAUCAUGCACAUGUGGUAAGACGUUGUCAUUAAAAUCACAAAAUACACAAAGUCCGCAACCACACAUCGCUGUCAAAUCAGAGGAAAUCAGCCUCUCCCCCACCCAACGCCUUCGAUGCUCCACCCCUCAGUUCGGUGGGCAGUACCCUGACUGCCCCCCCCCACCCCCCCCUCUGUGAACUAUUACUUGAUCAUGAGUAGUUCAUCUUGUAGAAGCUUGAGGUUGCAAAUAAACUGGUGUACUCAUCCUUUUAAAAGUUACUAACGUAUAGAUGCAGAGACAAAGCAAUGUUCAAACAUACACAAGUUCAAAAAAAGGUAUAAAAAAUGUAUUAUAAUGAAGUAUAAGGAGGAAGAAUUACAUGAACGAUGAUGUGUUUAAUGACUGUACUGUAUAGACAUCUAUGCAUGUAUGUAUGUAUGUAUGUAUGUAUGUAUGUAAAUAUGUACGUAUACGUAAUUUAUUUUUGAGAUCACCAAUUUAGUGUACAACCAAGUAAUCCUUGAUACGUAAGUGGUAAAUUAAUUUGUUAAAGUAUACUUUAUAGGUAUACAGUAAGACAGUUUGUAAAGCGUUGACGCUGUGUAGUUGACAAAGGGGUAGGAUCACAUAAGUCUUGACUUCACCCUAUUCCUUUUGAACAUGAUCUUGAUAUUGGCCAAUUAUUGCCUCUUAGGCUUGUCUUUGAUUUUAUAAUUUAUUUUUUUAUUAUUAUUACUACUAUUAUUUUCUUUUCAUAAAGCCUUGUUUUUUGUUUUGUUUUUUACUUCAUCAUUAUUUUUAUCAUGUUCAAAUAAAGAAAGAAAGAAAGAAAGAAGAACGUCUACUUCCAUACAUUUGUGUCACUUUGAUUAGUCACAUCCCUGUCUUAAACCAAAGCUGUCUGAGGUUCUCAUCACACAUGUUAGCUCUUCAUCUCAAAGAAACAGAAACACAAAAACCCAUCAUCUUGCUCUCACAUACCUCCACAUCUACAUAAAUAGCUGUACAGAAGAAAAAAAACUAAUCAAUUAAGGGUCUAUGUGAAGGGAGGCAGAUGUAAUUAAAGAGCAACAAAUUGUAAAGGAAAAGGUUCAAGGGUUUGACCCCACAAGGUCUUGCAGAAGUGAUUGAAUCAACUCAAACAUGAAUAAUCCCAAAAUGUGGACUAUUAAGUACUUUUACUGUGAAACACUUACAGCUGCAGAUAUUGAGGGAAACACUGAAAAGCAGACAUUAACCUUCACCUCAGAAAAAAGACGCUCAACCAUCUGUCUCUGAAUUUGUUGGAUUCUGCGUAAGUGUUCUUGUUGCAUAACGUUCUGGGUACAUGCAGUAUAAGUAAGCACACGAUGAUCAUUCUGAGUAAUCUAAUACACUUAAAAAUCCAGCUCUUCUUUCAGAGCAGUAUGACUAACAAGUAUGGUAUUUUAGGGGACGGUAACUCUUUCGAAAAAUAAGAUUUAAAAUCGAGUUUAUAUGAUUAAAUGAUAUACAUAAAUCUAGCAAAGUGGAAAAGGUGCCAAGUAAAAUGAUGAGAAGAAAUUUGAGACCUGAGGUUUGUUGAUUAAAUUCUCUGAGCCGCAGCUCAGCUGGUGUAACCAAUUAGCUGUUAAGUGUAAAAGCAUAAUGGCAGCACUUAAAUGAAAUAACACCCAACCAGGUCAGAGUGCAGUUGAACCAUUUAAUUUACUGAUUGAACAGAAGGGAGACCAGGAGUGUUUUCUGCAUAUUAACUAGAAAUCUGAAACAAUGUGUGAUUUAUUGAUCUCGUCUGUGUCUCAGUUUCAAUGCAGGUAGAAAAAAAAUAUCCUAUUACUAAUUACAUUAAGAAUAGACCUUUUUAAUUCAAGAGUCUCAGUUAGCCAUGAAAGUUUGACAGUGAAUCUGCAAAGUCAAAACCAGGACCCUGAGCCUGAAAAGCAAAAUAAAACCCAUACUGCAUUUAUAAACGGAUGGUUUGGGUUUUACAGUCAGGGACAGGGAUCCCAGAGUACAAAUGGACAAAAAAUGAGGCACUAUCUGCAAGAAACCAUAAGUUCAUGAGUAACUCCUGAUGAAGUGAUAUAUAGGAGGUAGUAAAUCAUGAGCGAGUCAUGAUGUGAGAUAAAAGCCCUUGAGCAAGGACAGGUCUGUUUCGCACCAUGCUGUUGUAUGUUAUCCUCCUCAUUACCCAGCUACAAACUAAAGAUAUGAACAAACUGACAUAAACCAUGAGUCAUUAAAUUUUAUGGAUUUACAUUUAUUUCAUUGUGCAUUUUGUUUUGUGAUAUUAACUUUAAAGGUGCAGUGUGUGGUUUUUUAGCAACAUUUAGUAGAACAACUUGGAAAUAUACUCAUAAAUAUGUUUGAAUCAGUGUUUAAUCAUCUGAAUAUAGAAAACAUUUUAUUUUUGUAAACUCAAAAUGAACCUGCUAUAAAUGCAGACAGAGCAGAUCCAACAGUAACACAUAACGGACAGAUUAGUAAAGGCCAUACCUAUUAUUGUUAUUUCUUAAGUGGUCAUCUGAAAUAAGCUUGUGGGGAGACAAAGGAGAGAGUGAUGUGUACAAAAAAAGUGGUGAUAGACAUUUUUAAGGUAAAAACAUGAUCACACCUAUCAUGAAUCAAAGCCGUUUUUUGUCCUUGAAGGUUACUGUCACUAGUAAAUCCUGGAAGGAGUAAACAAAGGGGGCAUUUUAAUCAGUAUCAGACCACUAGAUACUGCAGAAUAAAUCCAUUUCUACAUACAAACAAAAAAUUCUGAUUUGCAAGAACGACUAAAUGAGUAAAAUGUUCCAAUUAAAGACAAUGAAGAAAUGAUGCAGAAAUUAGCAUAAUAGAGAAUACAUGCUGGAGAGGUUUAAGAGGAGAAAUGAUUUGGGAGUAUGGAAACUGAGUCUCUUAACUUUUAAUUUCCUUUAAAACUCACUGUGCUUUCUAUGUAAAUGAGCCGGAAUAACUUUUUUUUUUGCUUCAUUAGCUUUUCUGAACUUUGUUUAAAUUCUUACUGUGUAUAAUAAGCUCUUGUUAUUUAUUCUAGUUGUCAGUCAUUUUGUAGACAGUCCUAAUUGGACGACACAGCUGGCAGACAACACAGAGAUCAGAAAAUAAAGCAAUGCAUCUCCACCAGAGGAGAAAAGUCAAUAAUAAGCGAGGGAAGAAGAUACUACCGUGUGAGCUAUUCAAAGAUUGGAGUGAGGGUCAGUCACAUGAGUGCUGCACUGUUCCUCCUAACUCGCUCACAGACACAGGAACAUAUGUUUACAAUUUUAAAAAAGGCUCUGGAGAGAACAGGUGAUCCAUAAACUAUGUUUUGAAAAGUUGAACUUAUAAUCACCCAAAGCCGUACAGGGAUUUUGGGACAUAAAGCUGCAAGUGAAAUAAACUCAAAACACAAUACAGUCAGCUGUCUAGACAGCAAGGGUAUGAACUGAGGAUUUGUUUACGAUCACAACGACAGCAGCUUCUGAGGCAGAUAUUCCAAGAAAGACACAAGGAAUCCAUUCAUAUGCUAACACACAUAUUGACAUUCACAUACUCAACUAAAAACAGUACAUACCUUUAGCUUCCUGGAACAUGACUCACACUCGUCAGUUUCUCAUUUACCUCCAUAGAUAUCCGCCUAGCUGACAUUUCCUGCUUUUUGUCAAGGUUUUAACAUGUUGCUGCAACCCUUUUAUUUUCUAUGCCAAUUAAAUCUUUUUCUCUUUCUUCAUCAAGUCUAACAUUGUGAGCAUUUACGCAUUUGUUAGUUUUUCUUACACUGCAGCUGAAUUGAGAGGAACCUCAAAGCAUAGGAACCUCAUAGAUACACUGAAGACUUCAAGAAUAUAUAUGACUAUGUCAAAUGUAUUUAAAAAUAAUGUUAGAUAUACUAUUAUCAUAUCCAUUAUCAUGUGAUAAGAAACAGUUUUUUAUCAUUAAUUAUUUUUUACACUUUUUUUAUUUUGCUUUAUUUUUAUUAGGUGGUGGGUAUGUUGUUAACUUACAGACAAAGCAUUUCCCAGGCUUAUGGUAGAGCUGGUUCAGGUUCAGGCUUAGGCCAGCUCUGCUUGAGGUUUAGAAAGACAGGGGAACUGUUAAAUUAAGCACCUUCCUGUUGUUCUCUGUCCUCUAUCUGUCUGUGUCUUGAACUUUGAAUCAUCAUUUCCCAUAAAAGUCACGAACCCAAGUCUUUUGUCAGAGUCCCCUGAGCGACCUCAUUCCACUGGUUGUAGACACCCGCUGCUGUAGACACCUUGCUGCUGUGGACCUGUCUGCUUUCCAGCUGCUUCAACUGCAUGCAUCAGUCUCACUCUUUCUCACACUGUCGUAAAGUGAAUUAGCUUUUGAGCUGACAACUUCUGAGUUGUGCUAUGGUUUGAAUGUAAGCGGUAAACAACUCUAGGCCUUUACAUGUGCAGUGCUGCUAAUGACGUGAAAUGGCAUUUUAUAUACCUUGGGAAUACAAUUAAGCUUGAGCAUGUCAAAUAGGACACAAAAUAUUAUGGAAUCAGCUUUAUUUUUCGUUAUGUAAAUAAUGAUAAUAAUAAUUUAAAAAUAAUAAAUAAAUAAAUAAAUAAUAAUAAUAAUAAUAAUAAUAAUAAUAAUAAUAAUAAUAAUAAUAAUAAUAAUAACAAUACAUUUUAUUUGAAGCGCACUUUCAGAACAUAAAAAACAAUGAUAAAACACUAUUAACAAUUAAAGUCAUCAAUCAUCAAAACAGUUAAAAUCAACAAAGCAACAUUAAAACAUUUGACAUAAACAACAGCAAAGGAAUAAAUAAAGAAAUAAAUGAUACCAAUUAAAAUUAAAUUUAAAAAGUGAGUUAGGGGUGGUGGGAUGGAUGGACCAGUUUAAACAGGUGUGUCUUGAGUUUGGACUUGAAGAAGGGGAGGGAGUCUAUGUUCAUCGUAUUCUUCAGGUUAUAUACCUGUAGUGGUAUUGGGCAUUAAAAUGAACAAGAAAUUGAAGAAAACAAGGGUGGUCUAAUAUUUUUUUUCCAUGACUGUAUAUCACUAUCAUUAAUAUUAAUGUUAACUAACUUGGUUGAGUUUUCCUUGAACUGGACAAGGAAAAGUAGGAUAUAUGAGUUGACUGCCUUUAAAAUAAAACAUCCAUAAAUGCAAGUCAAAGGGGUACUUUGGAGUUUUUUAAGUUAGGCUGUAUGAGUUACAUGUUGUGUAUCAACCAAAAUGGAUUCUGAUGCUGUACAGCUACACCUGCUUUUGUUGAAGUUUCUUAAAAUGAGCUAAAUUACAUGGUGGGCCACUUUCCCCAAACCUCGGCAAGUUACUCAAUAAAGAGGCCAGGCUGGCUAGCAUCUCCUGUGGCUAAUGCACAUACUAUUGACAAGUACCUUCAAAGAUGGAGAGAGAGAAAACAUCCCCCCUUUACGAUCUAACUGUUUGAUGUGAUGAAUAAGCAAAGCACAUUUGAAAACUGACCACAUCUGGCUUGACGAGAAACCACCAAAGGACAACAUGUUCUUCAUUGUUUGAGGUUUACUGAGGAAGUGACCUUUUUUAUACAGGUGCUAUUUCCUCACCUUCAAUGAUUUCUGCCUUCUUUUCAUGAUUGGGAUCCAGCUCAGCAGUCGCUUGCUUCACUGGCUUGUAUUGGUGACUCAUGUUGAAAAUUCAUUUCACAUCACAUAGAGAGAGACAGAGAGAGAGAGAGAGAGAGAGAGAGCCCUGCAGGUCACAUGAGUCAUAUGAAGGUGUGAUUGUAAACCUCAGAGGAAUCAGGAUCUUUGUCUUGGAGCAGUUGGUUCAUGUUAAACAGAGUUAGAGUGUCACUAUGAUCUUUGAGUCUCUGCCGUGUUGAGAAGUUCAAAGCUUCCUCUGCACAGUGUAAAGCUCACUUUAUGACCACUUACACAGCCUCCUGAGGAGUGUAAUAGCAGAUAGCAGAGCUUUAUUCUUACUGUCACGGCAAGACAUCAAACUGUAGGCUGUACGAGUCAACGGCAGCCACAGAUUGCAAAGAAACAGGAGAAGUUGUUUGAAGAAUGUCCAAAGACUUUAUAUACUAUGGACAACUUGGUUUCACCUUUUGCCAGUAUACGGACUUGAGCCAAAAAGCUCUCUGUAUAUCUGCGAUUUUUCUCCACUUCGUAAAACCAACAUUGCGCAGCAGCGUUGUGCGCAUUCAGCGGGAGAGUCGCUGAGAGUCGCUGUGAUGACGCUUGGCUCAAACAGCAUAUCCCUCGGGAGAGAUAUGCAAUCUUUGUACGCCCGUAGGCUGUAUCAAGUGUCAAUCAUAGAAAACAUGAACUUUUAAAAAUGGAGCUGCACAGAAAAAAGAGGACUUGAACACAAACCAGUCUUGCAGCAACUACAUGUCAACAUCGCAAUCAGGGGGGAAAAAAAAUUAUAUUCUGUGUAAUAAAUUUCUAAAGUUUGUCCACACCUCCAGAGGAGGCAGGAUUUAUGACCUAUACUGCAGCCGGUCACCAGAUGGUGCUGUUCUCAGGGGUGGCUUCACCCAGUGAGGAGGCAGAUGGCGUCCAUUCUAUUUAUGAGAAUCAAAACGGUGUUGUGGCUUUACUUCUAAGUGUACACGACCACUCUAAGAUCAAACUGAUUGAUUUGAUUUAAUUGGAAAAACCGUCCAGUCGGGAUUACAAUGACUUGGAUCAGAAUAAAACUUGUGAUCUAAGUGGUAAAGGAGGGAAGGAGGGGUGAUGUAUUCUUUUUGUCUUCAGACUACAAAGCCAUGUACAGUGUAUGUGGAUAUGCUUUUGUCAGUCGUUUUGCACAUGCUCAUUUCCUGUCCCCUCGUAACUUGAGAACACUUUUAAGCAAAACUAUAGAAAAAAUUAACCAAGGUCCUUUUCACUGAAAACAAGAUAACGAUGAAGCCAUCAACCUCCAUCUCCUUAAAUAUGUUGUCCUGCUAUGACGUUACAUUAGCGGACAAUCCCAUAAGUCACCCUGCUAGGAUGUCAUGCUCAAAGGGAAUGACCAGCGCCUCAAUAAUAAUAACAGGAGAUGGAGGCCUGAUGUCCAUAAUUAAGUACAGUAUACAGUAAAUACAAAUAUGAUGACUGCCAGGGUGUCUUUUUUUUUUAAUUCUGCAUCAGACUGUUGCUCUUUUUGCAGAUAAAACUUCUCAUCCUUCCACAAGAAAACACCACAAUCUAGUUUGGACAGAUCCUGAUCGCACUUAUCUUCUCUGGACAGGAUGUGGAUAUUUCUGUCGCCAAAGGAAGGAUACAAAGUGACAGCUAGACUGUUGCGUGAUAUGAAAUUUACAUUACAUGUUGCUACUGGUUUAAAAAGGUGUGUAAUGAUAUAACAGGGAUACAGAGUUAAGUCUCGGGAGUAUGAUAAAACCUCCUCUGUCAACCUCAUCUUCUCUUUGUCUUGCUCUCUCCAAUUCUGCAACUCUUCCACUCACCUUUUGCUGUUUUUUCUCUCUGUCCUUUUAUUUUCUCUUCUCUUGAGCCAUGAAGGGAGACGGGGCGUACAUGUCAUAAAUCAAUAAAUGAUUAAAUGGUAAAAUGGGCUUUGUUUAUCCAGCACUUUCUCUUGUCUUCCGGCAGCUCAAAGCACUUCUACAUUACACGGCACAUUCACCCAUUCACGCCAUGUUGUUCACACACUGAUGGUAGAGGCUGCUACGUAAAGCACCAUCAGUUUUUGACUAAUCCCAUGGGCGCAGCUGAUUGAGAAACAAUCAACUCUUCCACUGAGCCACAACCGCCCCCACAACUCACACCUUAGUGUAGCUGUGGUCUUGCUUGUCAAUCAUAAUUCAGAGCGACAUCUUUCCCGGUGAUAUCACAGGCAGAUACCUCAAGCUGGUGUUAGCGUCUUCCUAAGCCUCGCCAGAAUCUGUGAUGAUAAACAAUCAUUUCAGAGUCAUGUCACAUCAGACCAGACCGUGUGUGAGUUGAACACUGGCUUAAUACAUGUUUGAUGCUCCAGUACAGUCCCUCUUCCUCCCUCAGAUGUCAGAAAGAGCGAGGCUGCUCCUAGGGGGAUGACAUAUUUCAGGUUGGCCAAUUUCAGCAAAGUUUAGGGAUGGAGUUGCUAAAAAAGUUGCUUUUUGGAGGUGCUUCAGGAGUUUGAAAAUGAAGGCGGCAGAGACAGGAGGGAUUCAGCUCCCACGCUGGAACUGCUCAUUCUCUAUCAACAAAUCUAUCUGUGCUCCUGCAGAGCAUUAUACUAACCCAAUUUGAUCCGGAUGGCCACAUCAGGCCAGAGUUAAUUAUUUAAGGCAUAAAAUGAGUUUAUCAAAACACAAUAUCAAUAAUGGAUUCUGAUGGGGCUCUGAAAGCAGGUGGUACUGCAUGUAUCCAUCCACCACAUCAGCACAUUUUAGCAUUCUUUAAUGAACAAAUGUACCUUUUUGAAUUGCUGCUGCCUCUAUCUAUAUAAAAAAAUGAUUACCCUUAAAACAACAUGCAUGCUAUUACGAGUCAACGCAGUGGUUUGGUAGAUGAAAAUGUUGCUCCCUGUAAUCCUGACUGACAAACCUGCAAUCAUUUGUGACUGUAGGGGAAUAAUAAAAAUCAUUUGCUUUUUCUCUCUAAUUUAACGUGUUAACAAAAUAGGACAGCCAUGGGUCCCUCAUGUACAUGCAGUUAAAUCAAUGUGGGUUCUGUGAAUGAUUUCACAGACGUCUAAUAUGCAGCAGCGAUGGAUUAAGGAUUCUAUUAUUUUUCAGCUCUUAUGUUGUGUACUUAUCCUCUUGGGUUUUUGUCAUAUCCUCGGUUGCUGUGGUCCGUUUCUAGGGAGCCUGGUGUUUUUAUCUUUGAGCGCAGUUAAAUCCAUUAUGGCUUUUAGCAAGUAGCAGUUGCAACUUUACUUGCAAUUAGCUGUUAUAACAUUACAGCUUGUGUGUUUGACCCUUUAUGGAAGGUAUUAUUGGAAAAAAAAAAACAUAUCUAGGAGUUACAACACCAUCCCUGUAUCUUACAUUAUGACAUUUGAGUAUGGACAUCCACCAUUGUAAUAUUUGAUUAGGUCCCUUUUCAAACACAGUCUCUAAAACAAUAAGUCCAAUAGGUUGUUCUAUAAAACAUGACUUAUCUCUCACAAAGCCUAGCCAUUAUAUUUUAGAAAGCCGGCACAUCAAAGAACAAUUGGUUAAUACUUCUGUAAGGUUCUGAGUUUCUCUCUGUGCCACAGCUUGACUCUAACUCAGCCAUGAGAAUUUCUGCUUUCAUCAGUUCCUCGAUUCAGCUUUGAAGUACAAUUCCUCAACACUACAAGCAACAUCUUCAUACAGUGUUAAAUUAAAGGGCUUCCAGCAAUGCAUCUGUGAAUGCAGCAACAAACAAACAAACAAACGAACCGACAAAUAGGUACCAGAGCCCCGCACUCGCCUGUGUGCUGAUCAAUAAUUAUGGUCAAUGUCUCCAUGUCAAGAUCUAUCAAUGCUAAACCAUGACAGUAUAAUCAGCGAGAGAUCAAACGUCACCUACACGUCCAAACCGAGCAUCAAUCUUAGAGGGUCUCUGCAGCCUUAUUGGCUUACUGUCACUGCCACAGACUGCUUUCUCCUACUCUCUUUCUUUCUCCCUCUCUCUCUCCCUCUCUCUCUCUUCGACUGUUUGCUGUGGUGAAGUGCACAAGGAAGGUCCGCUCCACACACUCGCACUCCACCCAUCUCUUCACUGAAAAACAUCAACGCAGGUGAGUUACAGAGAUAUUAUAAUUGUGUUUGUUUGUUUGUAGGCUUUAAUGUCUAUUUUUGCCUUAUAAUUAGGGAGAUCGUUGUUUUUUCCAGCUCAAAACUAAAAUAUCUGAAUGGAAGACAAUAAAAAUUCAACUACUGACUAAGCAAUAGAUAGGUGGAUGUUUUUAUAGUCAAUACUCCUGUCUUCAAGUCUCUGAUGGGAAAUUAUUUGCAUGUACUGUAAGCAAAAUUUUUAGAGCUUUGGGUUAUUUAUAAUGGCCAGUGUCUCAUUGAUUCCUCUUCUUUUCUGAACAAAUGUGUAUUGAGUUGUAGGUACAGUAAAUUACACCGUCUGAAAGGGCUCUGUUAUGUAACGAAAGACAUUUUUAAAAAGACACAGGUUUAUACCCAGACACUGAUAUUAAAUCUGGGUGUGUGAAAAUGUUUAGAAAACUCUCAAAAUAAGACAUUAUGUGCCGUGAGAGGCACAUAUCUGUUGUUUUACAAAAAAAAAAAGGUAAGAAAUUAAUACAAAGGGACCAUCCCCACCAACUCCCAACUUCCCACUCCACACUUAUGAUCCACACUUCAAUACUUUAUGAAUAAAAGGAGCUGAAAAAAAGAGGAAACACUAUCAGGAUAUCUUAAUGAGGCAAAAAGUAGAGGUGGGAGAAAAAAAAAACACAAAGGUAAAACUCAAGAUAGGAUAGUGACACAGCCAAAAUGAAGAAGAUAAUAAAAUAAAACAAAAGAUUACUUAACUUUUAGUUAAAAGCCAGACUAAAAAGGUAGGUCUUGAGUUUGCUUUAAGAAAUAUUGAUACUCUGUGCCAUCUUUAGUCUUCAGGCUGUUCCAUAGUUGUGAGCUGUACUAAUAAAGGAGCUGAGUUUUGCAGUUGCAGUUGCACUCUAACAAUGUGUUUCGAGUGAUGAAAUGCCUUCUAAGUAAUAUCGCUAAGGUCUGAAUUAAAUAUCACUCUGAGAUCCUUGACCAGCUGACAUGGAUAAAAAGAGAGUGUUUUGAGCUUUGGGUUUAGUUUCCCUUUCUCAGCCCCAGAACCAAUGACUAAAACCCAAGUUUUGUCCUGUUGAGCUGUAAAAAGUUCUCUGCCAUCCAUGACUUGACAUCAAAAUCCAGUUAUUAGGGUUUCAACUGGCCCUGGGUCAUCAGAAGACAUGGAAAUACAAAGCUGUAUGUGCAUCUGCAUAGCUUUGGAAAUGGAUGCGGUGCCAUAUAAAGGUUGAAAAGUGCAGGACCUAGAAUUGACCCCUGGGGAACACCACAAUUUAUUUUUCAGCUUCUAGAUGAGCAUUCGCCAAUACUGAAAAAAAAAAAUCUCUAUUAGUAUGAUAAUAGAGAGGUUAUAUUGUAGGUUUCUACAUUGAAAGGGAGCCAAUAAGUGUCAGCUUUAAAAUGUAAAGUUAAGGUCUUUUUUUUUUUUUUUUUUCGUUUGCUUGUUUUUGGAGUCUGAACAUCUGCAGAUUUCAUCGUAGAGGAUUUCCUUUGAAUCUAAUUGUCAGUCUCCUAUGAAUAACUUCGCCUUGAGGAUAACAGUCCAUACAUGUUAAUGUAAGCCCUGGCAUACAUAAUGUAUGUUGUUAUAUAUAAUUCGUUUUAUUUAUCAAAUUUGUACGUUAUAUGUAAUAUGUGAGAUGAAUACAAAAUACAAUGAGACUUUUAUCCAACAGUUAUAAUCUAAAUUUCCAACAGACAAGAAGCUGUUCAAUAUGUAACCCAGACUGUUCAUGAAUAUGAUGAUCCGCUGUCAGUGGAAAGCCUUCGCAUCAACAGAUAGUGGAAAUUAAUGGAAACAGUCGUAGAGACCCUCCCUGAAUCUCUGCACUUCUGCGUAGUAACAAGUCGUGUUCCUUCAUACCAAUUAGUGCUGCGUGUCUGCAGCAACAAAUUACUUAAAGUGACCCUGAGGGGGGCCGUUACCAUUGAUUCUACAGUCAAAAAGUAUGCUGUCUUACAAGGUGAAAAGGGUAUUAGAGAACAGGUGUAGUACAAAGGAAACAACAUUACGAAGAGAAACAGGAUUUAAAGUACUCUCUUGAGAGAAUUGUGCGGCUCAUCAUUCAAAGGCUAUUGUCCCUUUUUACUGUGGGUUUCAAUCCAGCAUCCAUCUUUUGGUGCAGGAACUUGAUUUCUAUUGAUUUUGGCACCACUAAAGUAGUAUGACCUAUUCUUUAGCUAACAUUUUCAUGUUCAGGUCUGGCUAGUGUUUUCUGACAGGGUAUGUGACCCUUUGGCUCAAAUCAGUCAAAUGUUUCACCUACUUUGAAACUUAGCAGUAGAAAAUCAAAGCUGUCAAUUCACUGGCUGUGAACUCGCUUGUCCGACAUCGAUACUCUCACAGUGUUUUCAAGUUCUAGAAAUUACAGCACAAAAACUUGAAUUAUUGUUGGGCGUGGUCAACGUUUUCCUGUUUCAUCAGCAGCUAAAAACUUGCAUUGGCUUUAAAGGCGCUCUGUUGGUCGUGUUGUCAGGCACCAGUGAAUCAGUAUCCAAGGGUCUUUCAGUCUUUGUAGUGAGAGUUGUGCAGCCCAAGUAUUGGCGCUUGUCUUUGGGUCUAAUUACCCCAUUAACUGCUGUAGUCAUGAUUUCCUGAGAAAAUAAAAUGCGUUGUGAUUGAAUCAUUUUAUAAACAGGAUUGCAACUACCACUGGAAAAUUACUCUGGAGAAUUGCCAAUUCUCCAGAAUUGCCCGUAAUAAUGUCCAUCCUCCUUUCUCCCCUAAAAUGGUCAAUUUAUUACAAUUAUGAGACAAAAUUGUGUUUCCUGGCACGAUGAUGUUGUAACUGUGUUUUAGCUGGUUGGAAAAAAAGGGUCGAAACUAGGUCUUGUCCAGACCUGAUGUCACAGUCUUCAGCCAGAUUUUGACAUUGGAAUCUGGUGGCUAGUGCUCACUAGGGUGUCGACAAUAGGAUUAAGAGGUGAUAUAUAACAUGACCUAAACUCAAUCAUAGCUGACACAACACACAGGUUUGAGGGUGGGGCUCUUGCCUGAAACAGUUUUUUAUAAACAGUCCUCUACUAACAUAAAAUUUCUACUGAGGAAUUUUAAAGAAAUCAAAAUGUUAACUGUGUGUUAAAAUGCAUCAAAACUUUGCACCUUAGUCAGGCUGAAUAGAUAUUUGAAGGUUUUGCAGGUAGCUCUGAAAUGCACACAAAAAACCCCCUGACAUUUCCAUUAUCUACCUUAUACAAUAACAUACACCAUAUGUACCCGAAAGCAGAGGAUGUUCUGGUACAUGCUUUUAUAAUCAUGGACCCUCUGAUAGUGCUUUUUCUUCUCACACCAAGAUUGUGUCGAUGCCAGUAAACGUACAGUGAUGGGUUUUCACGUUUUAAAUGUCAUGAUCUACUCUCUAUGUAGGUGCUGACUGAUUGGUCUUUGCUGCCAUGGAGGGUAAUCACAGCGGCUUGGCUGGGAGCACACAACCAUCUGUGUCAGGAGAGCACACAGAUGGACAUAUAUACGAGGUUGCCGUGCAGAAUAACUCCUCCAACCGCAGCUCCCAGUUUGCAGACGUGGCUUUGCUGCAAACGUUCAAGCCCCUCAUCAUCCCCUGCUACAUGCUCGUGGUGGUGGUAGGCGUCUUUGGAAAUUACCUCCUCCUGUAUGUCAUCUGUCGUACACGCAAGAUGCACAACGUGACCAACUUCUUCAUCGGGAACCUGGCCUUCUCUGACAUGCUCAUGUGUGUGACAUGUGUACCCUUUACUCUGGCCUACGCCUUCAACCCACGUGGUUGGGUGUUUGGCCGCUCCAUGUGCUAUCUGGUGUUCCUCAUCCAGCCGGUCACUGUGUAUGUUUCCGUGUUCACGCUCACUGCUAUUGCCGUUGACAGGUGGGUGAAUAUCUUUGCAGCCAGGACUCCUAAAAAAUUUAAAAAUUACAUUUGACCCCUGUCUCUUUUCAAAGCAGUAGUUUUCUUUGAAUACUAGUUUGGUGUCAUUUUGAUCAAAAAUGUCUCGAAACAAAUAAACACGCUAGUAACUACUCAGAUUAAAUAAAUGCCAAUGAGUAAAUGUCAUUCUGAACAUGAGUGGAGUGAAACUGACAAGCCAAAUAUUCUUAUCUUGAAUUUAGUCCCAUCUGGAUACAGGGCUCCUACACAAGUCUUCAAAAGCAUGACAAAUGAAAAAUAAAGUAUCAAAAAAUAUUUAUGUUUCCAGACUAUUACCACAGUUAAAAAAUACUGUUUUCCAUAACAGAAAAGUAGGUAUUUCUAAAAAUAAUUCUAAAAAGUUGGCUAUGGAAAAGUAUGGAAAUUCCACCUGUGUAGGAUCCCUGUGGAUAUAGAGAUGUGCAGGUAAAUUGAUUAAUGAGUGAAUAUGUUUGAUAGAAAUUUUAACCCUGACAGAUUGUAAACUAUGCUGCAUUCAUUUAUAAAAUCUUGACAUGCUUGCAAUUCUGAGCAUGCUUCAGAGAUGGAAUAUAAAUUACUUUGGCUUUAUAUUGAUAAACAACCAGACUCAAAUCAAAGUAUCACAUGUGCCAUUGUGGUGUAGAAACCCAGGUCAAUGUCAAUCAAAUGUGAUCAUGACUGAGAUGAAAGGAGAGGGUCUAAAAGCAGCAGUAGAAAAUAAGCCCAAGGAUAUGGAGGUUUUCCUUUUAACUGGCAGUCUAGGUCAUAAACCCUGACUCCUACAUGUUAACAGAUGGAACAUGGGUCGAGCUAGAAAUUAAGAUACACGUCAAAUAAAUGUUUGUGAUCUCUGAAAUAGUCAGUCACUUAGUUAGCUCUUAUCAUGCGUAUUUAUUUCUAAGUUUCUAUUUUUGUGAGAAUUUCAUUUUUAAUUAGUUAUUUGAUUUCAAAAGCUGAUUGAUUGACAGCUUUGUUGGCGAAUGAGGGUUCUUGAAACAUUUAUUAGAUUAGCAGAGCAGAAAAGGAAUGGCAAUACUACUACUACUACUACUACUACUACUACUAAUAAUAAUAAUAAUAAUAAUAAUAAUAAUAAUAAUAAUAAUAAUAAUAAUGAUGAUGAUUUCACAAAAGUUGUUAAAUCUCCCAUAAUGUGAGGACAUGAAGACAGUCUCAUGGCUUAUGCACAUGCUUUGGUUUCACUAAUAUAAAGCCAACCGAGAUGGUCUUUAGGCUUCAAAUCCCUUAAUGGGUAAAAAUGAAGGCAUGCUGUCUGUUUUAUAUCCAGUCAAUGGGUCUUAACAUCAAAAUAACUUCUCUGGAUCUAGUUUUUGUGGAUUUUGUGGAUUCUCAAGACAUUUCUGAACAUUGUUAUUCCUUGUGCUUUUCCAACUUCAAGUCAAAUAACACUUUACUGCUAACAAAACACAUGGUUGCACAGGUCAAACUUAGUUUGGUUCAAGUUUAGAAGAGAAUAAAUGAACCUGCAACGACACGCUCCUGAUGGGACCAGCCUAAAAUCCAAUUAUCCAACUCUGAGCAGGGAAGAUUCAAUAUGUGCUAAGGAAAUACAUCUGAAGCUGGACCCCUGUGAUCCCUGAGUCUUUGCUGUUCACUAGACUGAAAAGUCUGACAUUGAAAUCCUUUCCGCUGUUUUGCACUUGACUGUUGAUUUCUCCCCACAAUUAGGCGAGAACAGCAACAUCAUUUUGGGAGAUUGUAAACUUACUUUGCCUUUUCUUUCAAAGAGAAUCACUUAUCUUAUUAUUGUGUGAUAAUAGUGUUGGUUGGGUUUGAGUUAAACUUAAGUUAUUACGAGGUGCUGCUCUUUCUCUCUUUGUUGCAGAUAUUAUGCAACAGUUCAUCCUCUGAAGAAACGCACUUCUAUGGCAACCUGUGCCUCAGUUCUCACCUGUAUCUGGCUGCUGUCCUGUGGGCUUGUAGCUCCAGCCGUCACCCACACCUACCACGUGGAGUUCAAAGAUGAGGGUUUCACCAUUUGCGAGGAAUUCUGGUUGGGACAGGAGAAAGAAAGGCGUGCUUACGCGUACAGCACCCUGCUCAUCACGUACGUCCUGCCCCUGUCGGCUGUUUUCGUCUCUUAUCUCUGCAUCACUGUCAAACUGAAGAAGUGUGUCGCACCUGGAAACAGAAGCAAAGACCAGGCUGGUGUUCAACAAGCUCGCAGGAGGAAGAUAUUUCGUCUUGUUGCACUCUUGGUUUCGGCAUUUGCAGUGUGUUGGCUUCCCAUUCAUGUCUUCAACGUGCUGCGAGACAUUGACAUCCACCUCAUUAACAAGCGUUACUUUUUGCUCAUCCAGUUGCUCUGCCACCUGUGCGCCAUGAGCUCAUCGUGUUGUAACCCUUUCCUUUACGCCUGGUUACAUGAUCGUUUUCGUGCAGAGUUGCGGAAGAUGUUGAAGUGCCAUCAUCGCAUUGGAGUGCCUGCAAAUCACUGUGCUGCCAGUGUGGUGCUGUAGUUGAGAGAAAGAAAGGUUUUGUUGUUACUUCUGG